CUGAGCGCACGAGGGGGCGCUUCCCUCGUGGUUACUUUUUGUGGGAGCUGCAGGUACAGAGAGCCCCAGGAGGACCCGCUUCCAGUUAAAUCCCGUGUCACUACCCCUGGGGCCUUCACCUCUUUCUCCGAAUCUCCAACCCGAACUGUGAACUGCCACAGUCUCUUCCCAACCCCAGCCCAGCUCCCAUUAUCAAUCCCAGGCCAAUCCCCCUUCCCCAAACUCUCCAAAGUAGGUUGAAAUAUCCAACUUUCCAGCCUAAUUGAAGUUGAUCCCCUGGAUUGAGUUUUGCCUCCCCCACCUCCCUACCACGUCCACCCCCACCCAAUGCUCUCAGACAGGACGAUGGCCUCUGAUGUGAAGAAGGUUGUGAAGAGCGAGAAGGUGGACGAAGCUCAGGCGAUGGCGCGGAACUGCGCGGGAAGGCCAGACUUCCAGCCCUGUGACAGCCUCUCGAUCUGUGCCACCCACAGCCAUGGCAAAUGCUUCAAACGGCACUGGUGCUGUCAUUUAGGAUGGUGUCACUGUAGAUACAUUUACCAGCCCAUGACUCAUGUAGAACUUCUACCAAGCACUUCAAUCCCAGUCAGCUCAAACAGCCAUGCAGAUACAGUCCAGUUGUCCAUAUCCCUGGUGGAACGCUUCCUAAAGACUGCUUCUUUCCUCAGGCCUCCGUUUGCACCAGAUACACCGAGGUACUGCACUAUUUCCAAACUGUUUGUUGACAGCUAUCGGGUCAAAAGGAUCAAUGGCAAGAUGUGUUAUGUCCAGUGCCAGCCUCAUCCAGGUCCCACUCUGCAUGAUCCGAAGGUUGGAGAUAACUUUAACCAGGAUACCUCAGUCAGUCCAAAGGAUCCAACCCUGGCAGACAAGGUACCAGCACCACAAAUGAAUCACUGUUCUUCACCAUCUGCCUCAGAGGAUUCUGGCAUAAAUGCAUUAGGCUUGCACUGCCCUGAAUCAGGUGAUGAAGGCACAGAGGAAGAUGAGGAUGAAGAUGAAUUGAGUUCAGACGAUGACUCUAGCCCAGAGAGCCAAUGGGAUCAGGAUGAUUGCAGUUUACUUUCUCCUUCCCGAUCCACUGUGGAAAUUAUUGAGAAAAUUGAAACAACUGUCUGAGCAUAAGCAGUGAGAAAGGAUUUCAGUCGCUUCUUCAACAAUGCCUGGUGAAACAAGCUCAAAUAGAACUUGCAGAUUCCAAUUUAAAUUAAUCCUCACUAUUUCAUGUGUUGAAGUAGCCAGAAGUAUAGGAACUGUUCAAGCUUUUGUUUUCAGUUACAAGAUGGACAAUUAAAACGUAGCACAUGCAGACUGUACACCAACAACUAUGGUGCCUACCUAAAUGAAGUUUUAGACCAUGGUCCAAAAUAACCAGAACCUUUCAAGUUACCAAGCACAAUAGCCAAGCUCACAACCUUUUAGCCAAUACUUCGGCAAUUGGGUCGUCAUUUGAAACCAUCAGAUGGAAGUACUUUUGACUGCACAGGAGCACUUCCACAAGACCAAACUAUCAUCUUUUUUGUCAUGAGAGGGGUUGGUGGGAUUUAGAAGGGGAGCUGGGUUGUGUUGUGUGAGGUAAGAGAAUAGCGAAUGGUAGGUAAUGUAUAGAUUGUCAGGAUCCUGGCUAAUUACCAGAAUCAUUACACAACAAAGCACAUUAAAGAAGAAUUCAGCACUUUUUUCUUGAGUCAAAGAUCCAGGAAGAGGUUUGAGGCCUGGGGCCUAGAGGUUUUGUUGUGUAUCAAGUAAGGUGACACGUUCGCCUCAAUAAUCUGUAGGUAUAUUGCUAAAUGAGUUACAUUAACCCUUGCAUGGAAGUGUGCUUUCAAUUCUGAGUUGCCAUGUGAAAUCUGUACUCUGAUUAUCUCAAUGAUAACAUAAUCAUCUUUACAGAGGGUUACACGUUACUAGAAUAGAUAUCUCCAUGUGACAUUAUUUGACUUGUUCUUUGCUGUUUCACAUUUUAAAAGAACGUUAAUUAAGUUAGUGGGGCAGAAUUUUCUCAAUCAUACUGAGUCCUCCUAAACAAGAAGCAUCAAAGUGUUUGAUCUAUAAUUUCAGAUAGAGAUUGUGUACAAUUACGGAGAAUUUUAUGGGGAAUGUAAAGGUAACAUUGCUCCAUUAGUUUCUUUAUUUGAAUGUACAUUAAAAUUAUAGACAAAUGGAAUCUAUGAUGAAUUAAAUGCACUAAGAAUGUUUAAAAGAUCGUGGCACAUCCUUCUGUUUCUGUAUAGUUGAUUAAUCACUGACUUUUUCUAUUUUCCCUGUCCAUUUGAAAUCAAUGGCCAAAUCUGACUAAAGCCACCAAUAGAUGGUAACAAUAAAACCCAUGCCAAAUAAUGCGCCAAUAAAAUGUACAACUAAUGGAUAACUAAAGCACAUGGUUCAGAUUAAUGAUGUACUGAAGUAUUCAAUAUGCAGGUAGAAAAAUCAUAGUGCCUAACAGUCCCACUAGGAUGUUAAAAAGAUAAAUGAGUGAAAUGUUGCCAACGUGACAAAAAGAGGAUGUGCUGCAGACUCUCUCCUCCUUAUAUAAAUUUCAGUGGAUUGCCUGACACAACACAAAGGGUGCAAGAGAAAAGGUAAUUCAAUUGGUGUGUUGUAACCAUGAGCUAUACUGUUAACAUUUGGGUUCUCCAUACUGCAAUAGACUUUAAGGUUUGAUGCAUAGCUCCUGAUUAAAUUCCACUAAUUUUCUGAUCUCCACUACAGGCCUUGAUCACAGCAUAUUAGUGACAUAGCUGUGCAUCAUUCAACAAUAUGUAUGAACAUUUACUUCAUCAAGGCGAGAAAAGUAAAUUCUGGUUUGAAUGCUCACAAUAAGUGUUCACAUAUGUUAGCACAUGAGACAAUGUACAAUUUUAUGUAUACGUGACUAUCUGGCUUUGUCCAAUGUUGUCAGAAGCAGAGAUAUUCCUGCUUUAAUGUUGUCUCAACAUGACAUGAAAGAAGCACCUUUAACAACCUAUUUAUUCACACAUAGCCUAGAAUUCUAAUGUUAGCACUAAUAGAUAAAGCCAUAAAAAGAACAACAGCAUCUUAGUUUUACUAAAUGGGCCAUAAAACAGUGAAAAGUUAUCAAUAAUGGUUAUAGAAGGUGAUGGCUCAGAUAUUUCAAUGGAGAAAAAGGAAAGAAAAAUGUUUUAAAAACGAGCGUAAUUAGCGGAACAUCCCAGCCUUGGAACAUUAAAAAUUGGCAGUAACUAUGAAAAUCUAGUAUAAUUUCGAAAGUAUAAAUGAAUGAUGAGCAUGCAUUACCAAUUUAUACAGAUCCAAGCUCACUGAUUUUGCAGUAAAUAACUUUUUUAUUUAGUUUUCAAGCUUAACUUUUCUUAUCAGUGACACUUUGGUCUCCCACAGAAUAGUUAGUGCAGCAAGAGUCCAUUUGGCCCAUCGUGUCCGCACCAGCUCUGAGAUAUUUGCUUUAGUGCAUCAAUUUCCCCAUGACCAGCACAUUGCUUCUAUUUGUUACUACCUUCUAACAGUCAGGAACACAGUAGGCAGAAUGUUAAACAUCCUGUGAUCCUUUGAUUAGGGUGGCUGCAUUUUGGCAUUUAAAGUUACAUUUAACUAUAAAUGACAAAAAUGUUGAAUUUACCUGGAUGUCAUCAUUAGGUGUUUCAGAAAAUUCUGGAAGCAAACUAAAAUUCAUUUUUUUAAUAAAUAUAAAUGUAAUUAAAAUGUAAAAGGAGUAUUACAGAUGCAGUGUUAUAAAUAGGAUUCAGAGUAAGGAGAAAACAAUCACAGCAUCAGAAGAAUGGUAAAAAUGAAUGUAUCUUUACAACAUAGUAGGUUUGUCUUACCCAUAUAGAUCUCAAUCACUGAUUCUGGGCUUAUUAUUCUUUUACAGAAGAUUAUAAAGUAGCAUGUUAAAUGGUGGGUCGCAACGAGCCCAUGUCUAAAUGAAUUCCAUAAAGACAAGAAAAUGUGAAUAUUUGAAUACUCUGUUCAUUGCCCCUUCUAGCCACUUCUUUUGAGAUGGCGCUGUGGACAGUCUCUAGCAAGUUAAAACAUUACCACAGCAAUCAUGUGGAAACUAUUUUGAAAAGACCUUCAACAAGUCACAUUGAUCCAUCUUUUUCAAGCCUGGUACAAAUUUUCCAAAUCUGAGGAAAAUUCUUCUGAGUCCUCUCUCUCAGUUGGCAUGAAAUUUCAUAUCAACGUAAUUUUUCAGAAGGAAGAGCCCAUUGAGUAUUCUCAGAAAAGAUUGUCAAAACAGCCACCUCUUUGUGAUAAUGGCAAAAGUGAUGAACCUUCAAAAAAGCCAAUAAUUUCACUGAAUUUGGAUUCGCAAAGGAACAUUUAAGACCAGGUUAUGAAAAUGAUUUCCAAGUAUCUUUUCAUUAAUUCUGUCCAUUCAAUGCUUUUACUGUAGCCUGAAAUUGAAUUCUUAUUCCCUAAAAUUACAAUAGAAUAGUUUUCAUAUGAUCUUUAAAAUUAUUAAUUUCCCUUGUUGAAUUUGUCACAGAUAACAAAUAGCAGCAUGAUUAUCACAUAACUUAUAAAUCCUCUAGUGGUAAUUUAAUUUUCACUUGUAGGUUGGACCCAAUUCUCCCUGCUCUUUCCUCUUCACCCUAUGGAUACAUUCAGUUGUCUUAUGCUUUCUGGCUAAGAGGGAUGGUCACUGACCAAUUCCUGGUUUCAACUACGUUAUUGGCUCCCUGCCUAUAAAUGGUUUCCAGGAGUUAUUUUAAGUUUUUCAAAGCAGUAUGCUCAUGCAUCUCCAUGAAGAAAUGCCUGGUUCUUUUCUCCAACAAUCCAACAUCAUCUAAGGAUGUAUGGAAAUAAAUCCUCCUCAAUUCCUAUUCCCAAUACUAAGUAUUUACAUACCAAACGUGAAAGUACUGAGUUCUCCAACUAGCUGGUCUUCUAUAACAAGAGCCACUUUGCCACUAUCUGUUGCCACUGAGCUUUUUACAGGUCAAAUAAAUUUGAACCAGGUAUGAGUAUCCUGUUCAUUUCUCUCAAGUUCUGUGCAUUGCAAUAUGGAAACCCUCUGCUACUGAAACCAAUCUGCAGAGUGAUGGUCUGGAUCAUUUUCAAAAAGGCAGAUGCCAAGAAGACUUAGUUUAUAUCCAAUGAUCAGAAGAUAAAAAAGGGCAACAAUGAGGCAUUCCAACAUUGCAAAAGUUUUGGUGCUGGACAAAUUUUGAUGCUGAUUUUUAAGAAGUUGUUCCGAAUUUCACAACUGCUAGUGAAGAGUGUAUUAUUUAAUGGAUAGGCCUGCAGCUGGAGAUAGUUUAUCCAGAGGUCUAUACAAUCUUCACUGCAGAAAGAAGAUUUUGGUUAUGAUUUACUGUGGUUUGCUCUGUAUGUUAUUAAUCUAUGUACCCUGUUUGAUUCCAAUAAAAAAUCUUUUAUCGCCUU